GUAACGCGUCCAGUAGCUGCUUCUCCAACCGCCAGAAAACACUGGAGAAGAAAAAGCCGCUGCUCGCCUGAGCCGCUUUAGCCCCUCGAGUUAUAAAAAUAAAAACGCGUUAUUGUGUCUGGCUCUGAGGAUUUAAAACCCUGAGCUGUGUGAGGACAUGAAGACAGAGACAUCCAUGGAUGGAGAGACCUCAGAAGCCUGUGUGAAGAAAGAGGAGACGUUGGAGCUGAAUAUCUACAGCUAUGGAGACGAUCUCAACAACCCACCUGAAGGCCUCUCCGUUAAAGUGGAAGAUCCUGACGAUAAAGACUAUCUCUACUGUGAAGUUUGCAAAUCCUUCUUCCUCAACAAAUGCGAGGUUCAUGGACCACCCCUCUUCAUCCCCGAUACUCCUGUUCCCAUGGGAGUCCCUGACCGAGCCAGACAAACACUUCCUCUUGGGCUAGAAAUCCAGAAGUCCAGUAUUCCUGAUGCAGGCCUGGGAGUGUUUAAUAAGGGGGAGACUGUUCCAGUAGGUGCACACUUCGGCCCCUGCCAGGGAGAGCUGGUGAACCGAGAGGAAGCCAAGAACAGUGGAGCUUCCUUGGUUGUAUACAGGAGCAUGCAGUGUGAAGAAUACAUCGAUGCCAAAAGAGAGACGCAUGUGAAUUGGAUGAGGUAUGUGAAUUGUGCCCGUAAUGAAGAAGAACAGAAUCUUGUGGCAUUUGAGUAUCAAGGGGGAAUUCUGUAUCGUUGCUGUCAAUCGAUUAACCCUGGACAGGAGCUCUUGGUGUGGUAUGAAGAGGAGUACACCAAAGAACUUAGUCCUGCACCUACAGGAACAACCACACAGCAAGAAGUAAAGAAUGCUCUGCUGCAAGUCUUUUCAUGCUCCACAUGCCCUCGUUCUGAUGCAUCUCCAAUUUACCUUGACAAGCACAUCCAGAGAUGCCACUAUGAAGAGUACGUGAGACUGCGAGAAUCAGGAGAGAUUAAAUAUAAGCUUCAGAUCCCCUCCAAAUGCUCCAGUCGUCAACCAACAUCAACUGAUAUUAUCCAUUUUGAUACUUCCCAUAAUGAUAUACAGAAGGAAAUUCACCACUGCUCAGAUUGUGGAAAGAGUUUUAGUUAUCAGAAUGCACUCAAGACACACCAGCGCAUUCACACAGGGGAAAAGCGGUAUCACUGCUCACAGUGUGGGAAAAGUUUUACUCGCCAGAGUGAUCUCCAACGACACCAGCGCAUUCACACAGGAGAGAAGCCGCAUCACUGCUCACAGUGUGGGAAGAGUUUUACUGAACGGAGUCAUCUCCAAACACACCAGCGCAUUCACACAGGAGAGAAGCCAUAUCACUGCUCACAGUGUGGGAAGAGUUUCUCUCAGCAGAGUGCUCUCCGACUACACCAGCGCAUUCACACAGGAGAGAAGCCGUAUCACUGCUCACCGUGUGGGAAGAGUUUUACUCGUCAGAGUCAUCUCCGACGUCACCAGCGGAGUCACACAGGAGAGAAGCCGUAUCAUUGCUCACAGUGUGGCAAGAGUUUCUCUCAGCAGAGUUAUCUCCGACUACACCAGCGUAUUCACACAGGAGAGAAGCCGCAUCACUGUUCACAGUGUGGGAAGAUUUUUACUCAUCAGAGUGCUCUCCGACGACACAAGCGGAGUCACACAGGAGAGAAGCCGUUUCACUGCUCACAGUGUGGGAAGAGUUUUACUCAGCAGAGUUAUCUCCGAGUACACCAGCGCAUUCACACAGGAGAGAAGCCGUAUCACUGCUCACAGUGUGGGAAGAGUUUUAUUCAUCAGAGUUAUCUCCGACUACACCAGCGCAUUCACACAGGUGAGAAGCCAUAUCACUGCUCACAGUGUGGGAAGAGUUUUAAUCAGCAGAGUGAUCUCCAAACACACCAGCGCAUUCACACAGGAGAGAAGCCGUAUCACUGCUCACAGUGUGGGAAGAGUUUUACUCGUCAGAGUACUCUCCAAACACACCAGCGCAUUCACACAGGAGAGAAGCCGUAUCACUGCUCACAGUGUGGGAAGAGUUUUACUCAUCAGAGUGCUCUCCGACGACACCAGCACAUUCACACAGGAGAGAAGCCGUAUCACUGCUCACAGUGUGGGAAGAGUUUUACUCAUCAGAGUGCUCUCCAACGACACCAGCGCAUUCACACAGGAGAGAAGCCGUAUCACUGCUCACAGUGUGGGAAGAGUUUUAAUCAGCAGAGUGAUCUCCAAACACACCAGCGCAUUCACACAGGAGACAAGCCGUUUCACUGCUCACAGUGUGGGAAGAGUUUUACUCGUCAGAGUUAUCUCCGACUACACCAGCGCAUUCACACAGGAGAGAAGCCGUAUCACUGCUCACAGUGUGGGAAGAGUUUUACUCAGCAGAGUGCUCUCCAAACACACCAGCGCAUUCACACAGGAGAGAAGCCGUAUCACUGCUCACAGUGUGGGAAGAGUUUUACUCAUCAGAGUGUUCUCCAAACACACCAGCACAUUCACACAGGAGAGAAGCCGUAUCACUGCUCACAGUGUGGGAAGAGUUUUACUAGUCAGAGUCAUCUCCGACAACACCAGCGCAUUCACACAGCAGAGAAGCCGCAUCACUGCUCAGUGUGGAAAGAUGUUUGCUUGUUUAGUUACAUUUAAGACCUUCAAGUGCACUAACUCAGAGACACUGCAUGAUUUAAAGUUGUCAAAUUAAAUAUGGUUGUUACGGUUUUGACUGAAAAUGACCUGUACUUUGAACUUUAUUGUUCAUGAUACACUGGUCAACAAUUUUUCAGAAGUUGUCUGCUUCAGAGAUGAAAAUCUUCAACUUGUGUACUUGUGGGGAUUUUUUUCACCCCUUAUGUAUAUGAUUCUUUAAACAAAUAACACCAGAAGCAAACAAACCUCUUUGAAAAACAAUCAGUUAUUCUUUUAGCAAUGGCUAUGUACCUAAAUCCUUGUACCUAGCAGUUGUCAGACUCUUGAUUAAAGAACCUACCUCAACCCUUGUCAGCUGUUCCAUUAUAGGCCAAUAUCAA